GCCUUACUCAAGUUGGUUGCGGCCUUGUGAGGCGCGCGUGACGCGUUAGACUCCAGACAUAUACUGCUCAUUGCGUGCGCGUUCGCUUCGGCGCGCUCCUUGCGUUGCCACUCCGCACCCCUGGCUUGAAAAUCACACCUCUCCAGCAGCCUACAACUCGCCGCAUCGGUGGACUCAGUGUACCAUGCGCGGCGCCAGCCUCGCGCUCGUCGGCGCGCUGGCGAGCAGCCUCGCGCCGUCGACGAUACCACAAGUCGCGAAGCGCAUCUCCGCGGCGCACGUCGACAAGUAUCGGAAAGAUGGCGUUGUCGUCAUUCGUGGCGUCGCCGACGCCGCCACGGUGGAACUACUGCGACAGGCGGUGGCGGACUGCGUCGCGACGCCGGGUCCGUACGCCGAGGACCUCGCGCCGGGCGGCGACGGCGAGCCGAACUAUUUCACGGACCUAGAGCUGUACAAGAGACAUGCUACGUUGAGGGACUUUGCGGAGACGGGUGCCGCCGCCGCCGUGGCCGCGCGGCUCAUGGAGUCGCGCACCGCGACCUUCCUCUACGACCAAUUGUUCGUGAAGCACGCAUCAAAUGCGUACGCGCGAAAUGCCAGCACGCCGUGGCACGCCGACGGCUCCUAUUGGGCCGUCCGGGGGAAGCAGAUCGCUUCUGUGGCCAUAGCUCUGGACGACCACGACGCGCCGAAUUCCCUGGCGUUUGCACCUGGCUCGCAUUUGCAUGAGGGCGACCUGGCGCCGGUCCAGUUCGCGACGGGGGAGCGCUACGAGGCCGCCCGGGACCUGCCGGCGGCCGCGGCGCCCACGAACGCGGCGCAGUUCGAAUUGUGCGCGGGCGACGCAUUGGUCUUCGAUGCUCGAUGCGUUCAUGGCGGUCCGGGCUGCUUCGGACGGUCGCUCGUGCUGCGCUUCGUCGGCGACGACGUCGUGUUCGACCGACCACGGUUCGAAUCGGGCCGCUGCGCCAUACCAACGAGCGAUCCGGGCAUCGCCGACGGCGCGCCCCUGGCUAGCGACUCGUUCCCGGUAUGCUUCGUGGACCCGCUCUUCGGGGCGGCGUCGACGCCUGUGUCGGUCGUGGAGUGGUCGAAGGGCGUCGCGGUGAGCGAGGAGAAGGGAGAUUUUUCUUCUGCCACGCCCGUCGCCGACGACGCGGCUUGGCAAGCAAGCGCGGCGGCGCGCGAGGCCGUGCGGCGCGUCGAGCGCGGCGAGACGACCGUGUUGGACCUGUCGGGCGAGGACAUCGAGGCGCUGCCCGAGGCGCUCGGCGACUUGGAGGACCUCGAGGAGCUGGUCCUCUGGCGCUGCAGCGGCCUCGCGGCGCUGCCGGAGUCGCUCGGGCGCCUCGAAAACCUGCGGGCCCUCGACCUGAGCGAGUGCUCGCGACUAUCGGCGCUGCCGGCGUCGAUCGGAUCACUCCGCGCGCUCGCGUCGCUCCAGCUCAUCUUCUGCUCCAGUUUAACGACGCUGCCCCGGUCUAUCGCCGAGCUCACGUCGUGUGAGGUCGAGUGCGUCGGUACGGUGAACCUCGUCGAGCCGCCGCGCGCCGUGGCGGAGGAGGGCAUCGCGGCGAUCGCGCGGUACUUCGACGAGAGACGAGUCUGAAGACCCUUUAAGUGUAUUGUGAUUUA